AAUCGGGUUGUUAUAUGGUGAGUGUUAGCUCCAUGGGAUUAACGGUGUGAGUAAGAGUGUCCACAAUGGAACCAGUUGUAAGAAAGAUUAUGCUUCGCGGCGUGCUGUUAGGGUGGUUGCUUCAGGUUGGGUUUGUCGUUAGUGUAGCAACGAAUUACACCACUCCAAUAGAUGAGAAAGUAACUGUCAGCAAUGUAACAGAUGAGAGUGUAACUAAUGGCAAUGUAACUGAUGAGAUUGUUAUUGCUAGUAAUGUAACUGUAGGAAAAGUCAUUGCAGACAGUAAAGGCAAGACAAACCGUACUAGUCGCCAGUUAGCGUAUAACACGAUUACCAGCCCCAUUGGAUUAGGCACACAGAGUGUUUUACCGUACAAUGGUGUGAUCCAGAAUGUCUUACCAAUAGGUGGUGCCAUCUCGACCUUGGGGUCCUCUAUUACAUGCCCAGCCGGAAGCAUACUUCGCAAUGGACAGUGCCUACAGCAAUUAAGCUAUUGUCCACCGGGCUACAAUCUAGUCGGAAACACAUGUGUCGGUCAAACUACUUGUCAGCAAGGAUACAACCUUGUCAAUGGACAAUGCCAGCUGCAAGCUCCUUGCGCUACGCAAAUGUGUGGAAUGGUACAAGCUCCAGUUGUACAGCAAGUAGCUCCUGUAGUACAGCAUGCACCACCUCCAGUAGUCCAGCAUAUACCACCUACAGUAGUACAACAAGUAGUACCUCCAAUAGUACAAGCUCUUCCACCACCACCACCCCCAAUCGUAACAUGUACAUGUGAGGCGGGCUAUGUACAGGUAGGCAAUCAGUGUAUGAAGCAAGAAUCGAAACCAACCGAAACUCGCACCCAAGAAAGUAGCCAUGUCGAACAGCUUACCUGUCCGGUUGGGUAUGACCUCAAUGACGAGGAUUGUGUACAGCACAAUAGUCAAGAAGCGCGUUGCGACCGAGGCAUUCGUCGGGAUGAUGUUUGUGUGGUUAACGCCGAAUGUGUCUAUCCUUUCGUGAUCGAUGAGUAUGGGCGGUGCGUCAGAAAUACGACCACCGUAGCAAAAUGUCCCCCGGAAACUCGGCUGGCCGGUAACAUCUGUCUUUACAACACACCCGAGUGUCCAGCGGGCUACCAGAAAGAAGCCGGAAUAUGUAUACAAAGAGAGCAGGUUCCGAUCAGCUGUGAUGCCGGUGGAACCCGUUCCGGUAGUUUGUGUGUGGUGGGAAAUCCCGAGUGUCCAGCGGAGUACCGAUUGUCCGAUGGACAAUGUAUUCUGGAACAACGUACUACUCCCCGAUGUCCGCCUGGCUCCAGACCGCAGGGUGAUGUGUGUGUUGUGCAGGAAACAAGCUGUCCACCGGGCUUUACCGAUCGCGGUGGCGGUAUUUGUGUGAAUCAAGAGCGAAAACCCGCCACCUGCCCGUCCGGAGCACGUUUAGUGGGUGAUGUGUGCGAGUCGGAUCGGGAGAUUUGUCCGCGUGACUACAAGCUCGAGUACAUGCAGUGCGUUAGAUACAGCCAACAACCAGUGACCUGUCCGCGUGAGAUGCGCAUGCUAGGUGGGGAGUGUAUUUCUUCAUCUGUAAGCUGUGAGGUGGGAUUCACCCUAAAGAAUGGUGAGUGCAUUCGGGAACAGAUCGGUCGACGAAUCUGUCCAUCCGGCAGCGUUAUGCACGAUGAACAUUGCAUCAUGGGUGGACCUAGAUGCGAUUCUGGUUUUGAACUUCGUAAUGGUAUUUGUGUGAAGCAAUAUCGAGAAGAACCACGCUGUUCAAAUGGAGCUCAACUUCGCAAUGGAAAGUGUGUCCUGAGGAUCGACGAUUGCCCACCGGGAGCAAUACGGCGCGAUGGAGAAUGUGUACGAGGUGAACAGGUUGCACCAACGUGUGAUGUUGGAUUUUCGUACGUCCGAGGUGUCUGUCUGGCGCAACCACGGUGCGAAUACGGCUAUACCUACAAAAAGACGGAGUCCAUGUGUGUAAGCACGAGCACGACGGCGAUGACCUGCCCGAGUGGCACUAAUCUAGAGGGCGAACAGUGUGUUUCGCGUGACAUGUUCUGCAUGGAGGGCUAUACAUUGCAGGGAGGCCAGUGUGUGAGGCAGGUGACCACGGCUCCAGUUUGUCCACCGGGUUCUACCAUGCAUCGGGACCGGUGUCAAACUAGCGUUGCGGCUCAAUGUCGCGCUGGAAGUAUUGCCAUGAAUGGUGGAUGUGAAAUUCAAGAAACUGUCUAUCCGUCCUGUCCAGUAGGUUACAAUUACUUCGGCGGACAGUGCCAUGGUACAAUGACUGCUUCAGCACCUGCUCCUAGUCCGUGCAUGUACGGCGCCUGUUCAAAUCCUUGCACGACCGGUGGUUGCGGCAUUCCUUGUGCUACUGGAUGUGCCUCACAAAAUGUACAACCGUCACGAACGUCAGUUACCUGUCCUCGAGCAUUCACUUUUCACAGGGGUGUAUGUAUUCGACGCUCCAUAAAAAAAAUGGAUUGUCCGUACGGCUAUAUCAUGGAUUCUGGUCAGUGUAUCAUGUACCAUAUGAUGACAUGUACUGCAGGCAGCGUGCUGCAAGGAGAUCGCUGCGUGCGUUUUCAGACCCGUCCGGCCACAUGUCGGGAAGGAUACCAACAGUUAGGGGACCGUUGUGUCCACACGCGACCAACCUGCCCGUCAGGCUAUCGCAAUAUGGGAGGAGCAUGUGUGACCGUGACGGAAAAGCCCGCCACCUGUGCGGACGGAAGCACCAAAAGACAGGGUUACUGUGUAAGUACUCCUAGCUGUCCCUCUGGCUACUAUCUGCAUCGGAGUAUGUGCCAACGCGAAGAGCAUACGUCUAUCAGUUGUCCGAGUGGAUUUGUGCUUGCCGAUGAAGAAUGUAUCUCACCAAUAAGCUGUUCGCCCGGAUUCCGACUAGAAGGAAGCAUGUGUGUUCGUUCGGAACAACGUACUGUAUCGUGUCCACCAUCGGCACGUCUUGUACGUGACUUGUGCGUGGUUGGCAGUCCUACCUGUGAGUACGGUUACGAUUACAUCGGGAGUCGUUGUGUGAAAACAGAAAACCGACGACCGGUAUGCCCGCCUGAUACACGCCUGCGUGACAAUGUCUGCGUAUUAGUUCGACCACCACACUGCGAAAUUGGUUACAAGUUCUCAGCCGGUCAAUGUACAAAGUCGGACAAACAACCGAUCAACUGUCCGUAUGAAUUCCAAGUGCUUGGCGAUCGAUGCAUUUCACACCGGUUAAUAUGUCCGUCUGAUUUUUCGCUGAAGGGAGGAGAAUGUGAGCGGGACGUCCGCCGUACGAUUGCCUGUCCUUAUGGAAGCACUCUACUCGAUAACCUCUGCAUUGGUGAUGGUCCGUCCUGUGAACCUGGCUACAACAUGGUUCACGGGGAAUGUAUCCGUGCUGAAUACAGCUCACCAGAAUGUCCACCCGGUACAGUCAUCACCGAUGGGCGCUGUGUGCGUAGUGCUACUUGUGCACCAGGCUACCAGCUUCGUGGUACCCUUUGUGUGAAGCAGCGUGUCGUUAAGCUGACGUGCGCUCGUGGAUUCUUGCAGGAUGGAAAUUGUGUCGCACCUGGUCCGAACUGUCCCGUAGAUUACGAGAUGCGUCGUGACGGAUGCAUACGGCGUGAGACAUCGCAACCGAGCUGUCCGCAAGGAGGAAAUCUACAGGAUAAUUACUGUGUCAUCGGUCGACCUCGAUGCUCGGAUAACUACCGGUAUGCGUACGGUCGCUGUACAAAGGUGUCGAAGGUACGGGCCCAAUGCCGAGGAACCGCCGUACUAAAGGAUGGCAUGUGCGUAACCAAGGUGACCUCCCCUAUUGCCUAUUGCGCAGAUGGAUACACGCUACAGGGAGGCAUGUGUGUGCGUAUGAUCUACGCUCAAGCAACAUGUACGUCAACAGCUUCAUCUAGUAUCAGUAACAGAAUGUAUAGCAAUAUCAUGGCUAGUGCAUCACCAGUCGUGGUUGACGCGAUACCAUCCCUACCAUCGUAUCCGAUAUUUGACACAGUCGAUUCUGGCUCAACCAUUGGAGAGUUGGCGAACGUAGCUACUACGUACCUGGAAGAACGUUCAGGGAUUAGUAAUUUUGAUGAUUAUAUCACCAGCGACAAUAACGUUGUCGUCGGCGUUGACGAUUAUGAGGAUCCUACCUAUUCCAAUUCCAAUAUAGACAUCUACUCCAUCGACACCAGCUCCAACUCGAUCGCAUCUACUACCUACCAAGAAGAAGGAUCAGACACUAGUAGUGUUAAUGAUGAUAUCACUCAGGGCAAUCACAUCGCCGGCGGUGUCCUAUAUGAGGCGUCCCGGUCCUCCUUCAACUCUGACAAAGAAACCUACCCCAGAUCCGAGAUAUAUACCUCCUCUAGCUCCAAGGCAAACACACACUAUGCCACGGACGAAGCUAGUGCAAAAGCGAUCGCAGCAGUAACGGUUUCAUCGCGACCAUCGCACUCGAAAAUUGUCUCAACCAACUCUGGAUUGUCCAUCGACGAGUCAUCGAACGUAAUCACAACGUACCAGAAAGAACGUUCAGGCACUAGUAGUGUUAAUGAUUAUAUCCAUGAAGGUAAUGAUACCAGCGUUGUCGUUGGCGUUUAUGAGGAAUCUCCGACCUACUCCAGCUCCAAGGUAGGCACCGACGACGCUUCGUCCUCGUAUAUUCACGAUCGUGAUGAAAAGGUGACAAUAUCGAACGAAUCGACAGAAAUAGCACGUGCGGCCACGGAGGAGGCUAGUACAAAAACGGUCGGGACUGAGACGGUUUCAUCCCUACCAUCGCACUCGACAUAUGUCUCAGUUGAUUCUGGUUCGUCGAUUGGCGAGUCGUCGAACGUAGUUACUAGUAGUGUUAAUGAUGAUAUCACUGAGGGCAGUGACAUCGCCAUCGGUGUUGCAGAAUAUGAGGAGUCACUGGCCUACUCCAGCUCUGAGACAGACACCCACCAAGCUUCGUCCUCGUAUGAUCACGAUCAUGAUGAAAAGGUGACAAUAUCGGAAGAAUCGUCAGAAAUAUCACGUGCGGCAACGGAGGAGGCUAGUGCAAAUACGGUAUUGACUGAGACGGUUUCAUCUCUACCAUCGCACUCGACAUUUGUCUCAGUUGAUUCUGGUUCGUCCAUUGGCGAGUUGUCGAACGUAGCUACUACGUACCAAGAAGAAGGAUCAGACACUAGUAGUGUAGAUUAUGACAUCACUAAGGGCAGUGACAUCGGUGUUGCAGAAUAUGAGGAGUCGUCCAUUGGCGAGUCGUCGAACGUAGUUACUACGUACCAAGAAGAAGGAUCAGACACUACUAGUGUAGAUUAUGACAUCACUAAGGGCAGUGACAUCGGUGUUGCAGAAUAUGAGGAGUCCCUGGCCUACUCCAGCUCUGAGACAGACACUUACUCCAGCUCCGAGACAGACACCUUUGACGAAUCUUCCUCGUAUGUUUCUGGCUCGUCCAUCAGUGAGUCGUCGAACGUCGUUACAACGUACCAGGAUGAAAGAACAGACUCUAGCAGUGGCACGGAUUAUAUUACCGACGGUGAUGACAUCGGCAUUGCGGUUUAUGAGGAGUCUCCCACAUACACCAGCUCCAAAAUGAACACUUACUCAAGCUCCAAGUCCUACGACGUUUCUGGCUCGUAUGUUGAAAGUUUUGAUUCCAAGGUGACAGCAUCGAGUAGUGGCAAAUCGGCGUUUAAGCGUAGUAAGCGGCCACAUAGGGCGUCGUCGACCAAGGGGGGCCCAUCGCAAAAGGUGAUCCCUUCGGCCAAGGUGGCCCCGUUGGCCAUGAUGGUCCCGUCCGCCAAGGUGGCCCCGUAGUGCCUCCACAUCCGACCACCCCCCACCACAUGUCUUCCAAUGGCAUAGUUGCCACAUUUAUAUUACCAGUGCUUAAUGCAAGGGGCUGAGACAAUUAUAUUAUAUGAUUAUAUGAUGUGUAUAGAAUUCUACAUUGGGGGAACUGUCAACACAGGACUAGUGUAGCCAGUCAUGCAGAAUUUCUUCCAGUAGGCUGUUAUGAUGGUUUCGAUCGAAGCAGACAAAGAAAGAUACGCUAAGCAGCUUGAGCUUACUGAUUUUCUGCUGACAAAACAUUGGCCAACGCAAAUGUUCUUCAACAAUAAAAUAAUCAUGCAUGAUAAUAACAAAACUCUAACAAACUAUGAUUUGAAAUCUGUUCUGAUUAACCAGCAAUUUAAAUAAAAUUCAUAUUCCUUACGAAUAA